CCUCCUCCGCAGUCUCUGCCGCUGGCUCCUGGAGGCGCUGGCCGGCGGUGGCAGGCAGCCUCUGGCCCUGGCAGUCAGCGAGGCUCCUGGCAGCAGCGCCCCCAUCCUCCCUCCGUCCCCAGCGUCGGUGACCACCUCGCGGGAGCGCUUUGAUUCCUACUGGGCAGCGCCCUAGGGACUGAAUAAGCUUCACAGGUUCUGGAGGCCACCCUAUAUGCUUACCCUGCACCACUCUGACCCCUGCCUCCAUCUUCACAGCUCCUUCUCACUCCGGGCCCUCCUACCUUCUUAGAAGGAUCCCUGUGAUUACAUUGGGCUCACCUGGACAACCCAAGCUAACCACAUCUCAGAAUCCUUGAUCCCAUGUGCAAAUCUUUCACCAUGACAAGAGAGAAGAACACAAUGGAAAAGACGCUACUGUGGUUGAUAUUUCUCACGCUUGGGUGGCCCCUCACUGGUGGGUCAGAGAUGGAGCAGGAUUUUAUGUGGCGCCUGAGAAAAGUACCCCGGGUUGUCAGCGACAGGACUUUCCAUCUCACCAGCCCCACGUUUGAGGCCGAGGCCAAGAUGGUGUUAAAGAAAGUGUGUGGCAUUGAGUGCCAGAAAGAACUCCCCGCUCCCAGCCUCUCUGACCUGGAAGAUUCUCUCUCCUACGAGACUGUCUUUGAGGAUGGCACCCGGACCCUGACCAGAGUGAAAGUGCAAGGUCUGGACCUGGAGCCCACGCCAAACACCACCGCCAGAGGGGCAUCGGCCAGGAGAAAGAGGCAGGUGUAUGGCACAGACAGCAGGUUCAGCAUCUUGGACAAAAGAUUCCUCACCAACUUCCCUUUCAACACAGCCGUGAAGCUCUCCACCGGCUGCAGUGGCGUUCUCGUGUCCCCCAAGCACGUUCUGACCGCUGCCCACUGUGUGCACGACGGGACGGACUAUGUGAAAGGGAGUAGAAAGCUGAGGGUAGGGCUGCUGAAGAUGAGAAAUAAAGGAGGUGGCAAGAAACGUAGGGGUUCCAGGAGGAGUAGGAGAGAAGCCAAUGGUGAUGACCAGAGAGAGGGCAGCAAAGAGAAUCUGAAGGAGGCAGCCAAGGCGGGAAGGAGGAGAAAGAACUCUGCUGGGGGUCAGAGGGGCGCUGAGGGCGGGCCCUCCUUCCAGUGGACCCGGGUCAAGAACACCCACAUCCCCAAAGGCUGGGCCACGGGAGGGCGAGGGGCCGCCGCCUUGGACUACGACUACGCUCUUCUGGAGCUGAAACGUGCUCACAAAAAGAAAUACAUGGACCUAGGAAUCAGCCCGGCCCUCAGGAAGCUGCCCGGGGGCAUGAUCCACUUCUCCGGCUUUGAUCAGGACAGAGCUGAUCAGCUGGUCUACCGGUUUUGCAGCGUGUCCGAGGAGUCCAACGACCUCCUCUAUCAAUACUGCGAUGCCCAGCCGGGCUCCACCGGCUCCGGGGUCUACCUGCGUCUGAAAGAGCCGGACCAGCAUUGGAAGCGCAAGAUCAUCGCGGUCUAUUCCGGCCACCAGUGGGUGGACGUGCAGGGCGAGCAGAAGGACUACAACGUGGCGGUGCGCAUCACGCCCCUCAAGUACGCGCAGCUGUGCCUCUGGAUCCGCGGGGAGGACGCCGACUGUACUCACGGGUAACGGCAACCCCACACCAGGCCACGGACGACCUAAGUCGCAGGGGAAACCAGUUCCGAUGAUUGUGGCAAGACCACCUCACGGCGUGUGCCUGGACACGAACUCUAUUAAUAGCAUUUCAAUAUUUUUAUAAAUUUACUUUUGUCAAAAGGAGAUUUUCCUGCAUGUAAAACGGUUUAGGUAAAGUUAUUGAUGGGCAUUUCCAUGCCAAGUAUAUAUUCUUCUUCACAUGGUGGUAAGUUUGGUUUGUGCAAAGUAAUUUUUUUCCUGCUAGCCUUCUUAAAAAUUAGACACUCUUUAAAACUUCAAGCUGGUCCUAUAAACAAUGUGAUUUCUCAAUGGAGUUAUUCUCAGGGUCCUACCCCAAGAAGAAUCUACUGUGGUGCUGGGUGCCAAGUAAAGGUGAAACGGCAGAUACAGAGGCGGACAGUCACAUUUCAAAUCGAAUUAGAGACAAACAUUCACAACACUUAGGACUACUCUGAGGUGGACCCAUUCAGUGCAUGCCCUCAGUGUUUAUAUUGCUUUCUCUUGGGUCUGAGAAACUUUAGUUUUUUGUUAGUUUUGUUUUUUUAAGAAUUACAAGGAAUAGCUUUAUCAACAAAACUGUCAACUAUUGUACUGCUUUGAAAAAUAUCGACUGAAGUGUGCAUAGUUUAAAAUGAAAGAAAUACUUCAUCCUAGGAAAUAAAUCUAGUUUAAAAAUAGGGAAGCCGAGUAUGGGAGGGGGGUUCUCCCCCCCCACCCCCCGCCAACGCAGAGAG